AUGUUCCCGCAAUGUCGGGGCCCGACAUGGGCCAUUGACGACCUGUCGCAUUGCUUCCAGCGCAACGUUCUGCAAGUCUUACUACCGCUGGCCGCGUGCGCCUUGUCCUUGCUCAUUCUUAUCCUUCACCUCAUUUAUCGCUAUGUUGCCUCACGGAAAUCGGUUUCGUAUAAGGUUCUCUCCACCGAAGCGACAGAUGACGAGAACAUCGCACCCUCCCCCGAGAACGAGUCGGACCCUCUUCUCCAAGAAGCCGCGCAGAUCGAGCAACUUGAGCUUGAGGUAGAUCGUCCACGUGGGGAGGUGGCCGUAGUGGUGGUAGAAAUCGCAGCGCUCAUUGGCGAGGUGGCCCUUCACGUCGUCGUUCUCACAACCGCAGGGUGGGGACGUCAUGGAGCCCUGCCUGCCACGGCGGGCCUGGUCUCGUGGGGGUACACUCUGUUCCUGGUUCUGGUCCGACUUCUGCUAUCCAGCUUCGACCUCUCCUCGGCCCCAAGACUUUGGACGCACACGGCAGUGCUCUAUGGAGCGCAAUGGCUAUUCAACGUCAUGGUCUUCCGCUCCGCGGUUAUCCACCCCAUUUCACGACGUGCCUUGACCCUCAGCAGCAUUCAAUUUGCGCUAAGCAGCUUUCUCCUCCUGAUGACCCUGACGACACGGCGGGGAAAUAAGCCCGUCCUAGUUGAACGGGAGGAAGGGUUAGAGCCACCCCAUUACCCGAGAGCCAGCUUGUUGUCUCUAGCGACUUUCGCAUGGUUGGAUCCUCUGGUAUGGAAGGCUUAUCGUCAAACUCUUGAGCUUCCGGACGUGUGGAACUUGACGCCAACUCAGAAGGCUGCGGCAGUUCUCACAGACUUUAGAAACCGACAGAUGAAGGGUUCUCUGGCAUGGAAACUUGUCCGCUUCUUUAGUGGAACUAUUCUCAAGCAGGGUGCAUGGACGAUCUUUGCUGAUUUGUUCGUGUUCGUGCCGAGCCUUCUCCUGAAAGCCAUUCUGGAAUACGUUGAAGACCCCCGGUCGACCACUCCCAAUGCCGCAUGGCUCUACGCAAUUCUUUUGUUCUUCUCCGCCUUGAUUCAGGGUGUUGCAGCCGGCCAGGCUCUCUUCAUCGGCCGCAAAAUGGGAGUCAGGAUCCGAGCCAUCAUCAUCGGUGAAAUUUACGCAAAAGCGCUCCGACGCAAGGCUGGCGCCGCCACGGACGCUGCACGAAAAGCCAUCGAGGAUACCAAGACGACUGACGCUGUAAAGCCUCAAAAGAAGAAGUUGUUCUCUUUCGGUCGGAAGAAAAAGGCCGCUUCGGCCAAUGGACAGGACGCGGAAGCCGCCCCCACCAAACCUGUUGCGGCUGACUUGGACGAUACUGCCGCUCAAGCCAAUGUCGGUACGAUUAUCAAUUUGAUGGCGAUUGACUCCUUCAAGGUCAGCGAAGUUGGCGCCUAUCUGCACUUUCUGUGGGCCAGUGUCCCCACUCAGGUCAUCAUGGCAAUUACCCUACUUUAUAAGAUUAUGGGUUUCAGCGCAUUUGCUGGUAUUGUCUUGAUGGCGCUGAUGCUGCCAGUUAAUCUUUUUAUUGCCCGCCAGUUCAGUAAGGUUCAGAGCGCCAUUCUUAAGGGAACUGAUGCUCGCAUCCAUGCGACCAAUGAAGUUCUUCAGAACAUUCGUAUUAUCAAGUACUUUGCCUGGGAGCAGCGUUUUCAAGAUGUCGUGAACGAAAAGCGGAAGACUGAGCUCAAAUCUCUCCGACGACGUUAUAUUCUCUGGUCAUGUGCGGCAACCGUAUGGUACGGAACGCCCAUUUUGAUCACUUUACUGUCGUUCUUCCUGUAUACUGUCGUCGAAAAGAAACAGCUGACCCCAUCGAUCGCCUUCCCUGCAUUGUCAAUGUUUUCUCUCCUUCGGGUACCACUCGACCAGCUGGCCGACAUGGUGGCUCAUGUACAAGAAUCCAAGGUCUCGCUGGACCGUGUUGAUGAGUACCUGAACGAGGAAGAAACCGAAAAGUAUGCCCAACUGCGUGAGACCAGUGCUACCAAUGGUCCUCCUCGCGUUGGGUUAGAGGGUGCUACGCUGACUUGGGGCACCGUGAACCCGCGGCCUGAAGCUUCCUCUUCCAGUACCGGCACAGAUGCCUUCCGCCUUAUUGACGUGACUGUUGACUUCCCGGUCGGUCGCCUCAGUAUCAUUGCAGGACCUACAGGCUCUGGAAAGACCUCUUUGCUCAUGGCUUUGCUUGGUGAGAUGCGUCUGGUUGAAGGGCGUGUUCACCUGCCGGGAGGCGUAUGCAAUCGGGCAGAGCUACCCGUGGAUCCCGAGACUGGCCUCAUCGACAGCGUUGCAUACUGCGCCCAAGAGGCUUGGCUGGUGAAUGCCACGGUCAAGGAGAACAUCAUUUUCGCGUCCCCACACGACGAGAAGCGUUAUCGCGCUGUGUUGAAGGCCUGCGCGCUCGAACGCGAUAUCGAAAUCUUGGAUGCCGGUGAUCAAACCUUGGUUGGAGAGAAGGGCAUCAGUCUGUCUGGCGGUCAAAAACAGCGUAUCUCUCUGGCCCGCGCCAUUUACAGCAGUGCUCGACACCUGCUUCUGGAUGACUGCUUGUCGGCUGUUGACUCGCACACAGCCAAGCACAUUUUCCGGCAAGCCCUGACUGGCCCCCUCAUGAUGCACCGCACAUGUGUCCUCGUCACCCAUAACACAGCUCUGACAGUGCCCCAAGCCGACCAUGUAGUUGUCCUGGAAAACGGCAAGGUGGCUGCGCAAGGCAAGCCCGAUGAGCUUGCUGCUUCUGGGGCUCUAGGCGAUGAGUUCAUGAAGUCAGUGCCUGCGUCUCGCGUCAGUUCCCGUGGUUUGUCCCGUGUUCCUUCGCAGCAUGGAGAUGAGGAUGCCGAGGAAAACUCCGUCACGGCAAACGGGAAUGCCAAUGGUUCCGCCACCAAGCCUCAGCAGGACGAGAAAUCACCUCUGACCGAAGGCAAAGCCGUUGGUAGUAUCAAAUGGUCGACCGUCAUUAUGUACUUGCGCUCAAUGGGCUCCUGGUACUACUGGGUGUUGGCAGUCUCGGUAUUCUGCAUGCAACAGCUGGGAUCUGUGUCCACGAAUCUUUGGAUCCGCCAAUGGGCCAAUUCCUAUCGCACCUCCGGUGUGGUUGCUGAAAGCGAUGCUGGCAAUUAUGCCGCUGCCGCUCACCUCCGACCCCCCACAUUUACUGUAGGCAGCGUUUCGAAGAUGAAUACCUGGAACACGCUGCAACUCGGGUCGCAGUCUGAGCCCACCACAGCAAAUGAUGGACAAGUCGAUGUGGGCUACUACUUGGGCGUCUAUGCGCUCCUCGGCGUUGCUUACAUCAUUAUCUCUCUGUCCCGAGAGGCCGUUCUGUUCUGGGGUUCCUUGCAUGCAUCCUGGAAAAUCCAUGAUAACCUGCUUCGAGCGGUGAUGCAUGCGAAAUUCCGUUUCUUCGACUCGACCCCUCUCGGCCAACUCAUGAAUCGCUUUUCCAAAGAUGUGGAGGCGGUUGACCAAGAAGUCGCGCCCGUGGCCAUUGGCAUGCUCCAUAGCUUGGCAUCGGUCAUUAUGAUUGUCAUCUUGAUCUCCGUGAUCACGCCCGGAUUCUUGAUCGCAGGUCUUUUCAUCACCCUUGUGUACACCGCUCUCGGUGCCAUCUACCUCAACUCUUCUCGGGACCUGAAGCGUCUGGAGUCUGUGCAGCGAAGUCCUCUUUAUCAGCAGUUCGGCGAGACCCUGAACGGCAUUGUCACGAUUCGCGCCUACGGUGAUGGUCCUCGCUUUAUCGUUGAUAACCACCGCCGCAUUAACGCCUACAACCGGCCACACCUUUACCUGUGGGCGAGCAACCGAUGGCUCGCUCUUCGUGUGGACUGGACUGGCGCUUUGGUCUCCUUCUUUUCCGCCACCUUUGUGCUGAUCAAUGUUGGAAAGAUUGAUGCCGGUGCAGCCGGUCUGUCUCUGACAUACGCCGUGACCUUCACUGAGAAUGUCCUCUGGCUGGUUCGUCUCUACUCCGAGGUGCAGCAAAACAUGAACUCGGUAGAGCGUGUUCGGGAAUACCUGGAGGUCGAUCAGGAAGCCGCCGCCGUGAUCCCAGAAUCGCGGCCUGAAGCCAAUUGGCCAACACAGGGUGCGGUUGAGUUCAAAGGCUAUUCGACUCGGUACCGUCCCGAUCUGGAUCCUGUGCUCAAGGAGGUUUCCUUCGCCGUCAAAGCCGGUGAAAAGGUCGGUAUCGUCGGCCGUACUGGUGCGGGCAAGAGUUCUCUUGCCCUCGCACUGUUCCGCGGGCUGGAGGCCGAGAAGGGUCAGAUUGUGAUUGAUGGCAUCGACAUUGGUGCGAUUGGUCUGCGGGAUCUUCGGGAGGCCAUCACCAUUGUUCCUCAAGACCCGACACUGUUCACUGGAACGAUUCGUAGCAACCUUGAUCCCUUUGGUCUAUUCAGUGACGAAGAGAUCUUCACUGCUCUUCGUCGUGUCCAUCUCAUUGGCUCUAGCGCAUCGGGUACUGCGACUCCCACGACCUCCACCACGGCCGUCGACCUCCCGGGCACUAAUGAUGCCGCCGCGCUUGUUGACAACAAGAACGUCUUCCACAACCUGGACAGCCUAGUCUCCGAGUCUGGUUCCAAUCUCUCUCAAGGCCAGCGACAACUUCUGUGUCUUGCUCGUGCCCUUCUCAAGAAGCCCCGCGUGUUGAUGAUGGACGAAGCCACCGCCUCGAUCGACUACGCCACGGAUGCCAAGAUCCAAGUGACCCUUCGGGAGCUCCACGACAGCACCAUUAUCACUAUCGCCCAUCGUCUGCAGACCAUCAUCGAUUAUGACAAGGUCUUGGUCCUUGAUCACGGGCGUGUCGUCGAAUACGACCAUCCGUGGACCCUCAUCAACAAGGAAGAUGGUCUAUUCCGCAGUAUGUGUGAUAACAGUGGCAAUAUGGAAGUUCUCCUCGACGGUGCCAAGCGUGCCUGGUCCCAAAAGCGGCUGGUCGACGAUUCCUAA